UCUCCACCAUGGACAACGAGGUACGCGAGAUCUUCAAAAAGUUCGACAAGAACGGCGAUGGGAAGAUCUCAUGUUCGGAGCUCAAGGACCUGAUGGCGGCGAUGGGAUCCAAGACGACGGCGGAGGAGGUCCGCCGCAUGAUGGCCGAGCUUGACCGGAACGGCGACGGCCACAUUGAUCUCAAGGAGUUCGGCGAGUUUCACCGCGGCGGCGGCGGCGGAGAUUCGAAGGAGAUCCGGGAGGCGUUUGAGAUGUAUGAGCUGGACAAGAACGGGCUGAUUUCAGCGAAGGAACUGCACUCGGUGAUGAGGAAAUUGGGGGAGAAGUGCUCGCUUGGUGAUUGCCGGAAAAUGAUCGGAAACGUGGAUGCCGACGGUGAUGGUAAUGUGAAUUUCGAAGAGUUCAAGAAGAUGAUGAGUCGCUCCUAGUCAUAGAUAAU